GGUUGUUAAUUAGUUCCUUUUUGAUUGACACCAUUUCUUUUUUAUUCUCUUUAGAAAACCUGCAACAACACAAUACAUUUCCUUAUACAUUACCGAGAAUCAAUUAUUCCCGAAGGCAAAAGACGGGAGGGCUUGGAAUUAUAUAUCUUUUUCAAAUUUCAUCUUUGAGUUUAAAGGAGAAAGAAAGCUACAGUACUCUUUACGACCCGUGCAGAAACCUUUUAAGAAAUGGAAACCCUGCGCGGACCUCAAAUGACAAUGUGUGACGGCAACAAUCUAGUAACAGAGGUAGUUUCAGACGAAGAAUCCCACCUCUGCCUUUACGUGUUGCUUCAGGACAUGCUUAAAGUUGGUGAUACAGUUGUCGGUUUCGAAAUGGAAUGGGGAUUCAAAGGAUGUUCCUCAAGAAGUAAUUCAGGAAGAUAUUCUUUUGAUCAUAGCGUUCAUUCUGAUAGGUCAGAACAUCAUUCUAGGAAAGUCGAACACCACAUUGCAUUAUUAACAAUAUGCACUAAACUUGGUUGUGUCUUGAUUAGGCUUAGCCCUAACUACAUUUCACCGUCUCUGAAACGUUUCUUUGCAAUCAAGGACAUAGUCUUUGUCGGAGUUCAUAUCAAAGAAGACGUGCAAAAACUAAGAGAAGAUUACGGAGUUGUGAUCAGGAACGCAGUGGAAUUGAGUGAUUGGGCUGCCAAGGUUCAAGAUAAUCCUCGAUUCAUCUUCUACAGUGCUAGAGAAUUGGCCAAUAAGAUUCUAUCCGUAAAAUUCGAGCCAAAACCUUACACAGUUUUGUGGUCGAAUUGGUUUGAUCAUAAUCUUAGCCCUGAGCAGAUUGAAUGUGCAGCUAGCGAUGCUUAUGCUGCAUACAAGAUUGGUAAAAAGCUCUUGGAUAGUGGUAACAAGAGGUUAUUUUCUUAAUUUUUUGUGUUCUGUAGGGUCUCUGUGUGUUUUCUUGUCAAAAUUUGUGGUUGUUUGCAAUUUGUUGUUGUGAAGCCUUUUUAUAUCUUGGCAGAAGGUAAUAGAUUUUUGAUGUUUACCUCAAUUGUUGUUAUUUUUUUUCUAAUGUAGUAUAAACUAUUGCUGUGGAUAUUAUAGUAUUUUCUUAUUCAUGAAAAAUUUAAUAGAAGUAAUCAUUUUUUUUAA